CUUAGGGAGCACGAAGUGAUAGGGCUGUAGGAGUCAGCUGUUAUGGAUGUCAAUCCAUCGAAGAAACUGCUUUCAAUGCAAGUCUAAGGCAGCUCGAUCUUUUCCUUUGUACAAGUUAACAUGCAUGAUUCUACUCUUGCUACUUGGGUACUUCAACCUAUUCUCCUUUAGAAUCAAGUGAAUCUAUAUAUUUAUAUAUAGUGAGAAUGAAAGGAAACCCCAUCAUGAAGGCCUUAGCUACGGCAGCAUUCGGGUUCCUCAUCGGCGUUUCUUUUCCUGUACAAAUAGCACCAAAGCUUCAAUGUGGCAGAAACAUACUAGGCAGAUUUUGGGUGCCAGUCACAAACAGCACUUCAACUGUGGAGGCGACUCCUGUCCUGGGGCCAAAUGCCACUACUUCAGAGAUUGUUGCGCCGGCAAAGCCGAAAGGCGCGGCGAGGCUGCCACCGAAUAUCGUGGUUUCAGAGUCUGAUCUUCACCUGCGCCGGCUGUGGGGAAACCCUCGAGAGGACACGCCUGCUCGCAAGUAUCUUUUGGCGCUGACAGUCGGGUACAGUGAGAAAGUCAACGUGAACGCGACUGUUCACAAGUUCUCUGACAACUUCGACGUGGUCCUGUUCCACUACGACGGGCGCACGACGGAGUGGGACGACGAGUUCGAGUGGUCCAAGCAGGUCCUUCACAUAAGCGCCUGGAAGCAGGCCAAAUGGUGGUAUGCGAAGCGGUUCCUGCACCCGAGCAUAGUGGCUCCCUACGAGUACAUCUUCAUCUGGGACGAGGACCUCGGGGUGGAGACCUUCGACGGCGAGGAGUACGUGAGGCUGGUGAGGAAGCACGGGCUGGAGAUCUCGCAGCCGGGGCUGGACAUCACCCGGGGGAAGAAGUCGUACGAGAUCACCAUCCGGAGGAACGGCAGCGAGAUCCACAAGAACACCAUCGGGGGGCCCGGCAACUGCUCCGACGUGCACCAGCGGCCGUGCAGCGGCUUCGUGGAGAUCAUGGCGCCCGUCUUCUCCAGGGACGCAUGGGCGUGCGCCUGGCACAUGGUCCAGAACGACCUCGUCCAUGGCUGGGGGCUGGACAGCAACUUCUGGAGAUGCGUCGACGAGGCUGAGGAGCAGAUCGGGGUGGUGGACGCGCAGUACGUGGCGCAUCGCGCGGUGCCGACGCUGGGGCGGCAGGGCAACCCCGAGACGGGAGGCGGCGGCAAGGUCAGGCAACGCUCCUGGGCCGAGUGGGGCAUGUUCAAAGCCAGAAUGAUAAACGCGGAAAGGGCGGCAGCGGCCGCAGCUCAACCUCGUGUUGCACCACCGGAAUAAUAAUCAUCAUCCUCAUCGAUCAUCCGUCAAGUACCUUUUUUUUGUUGUUGGCUGGCGAAUUUAGGCUCUUAAUUUAUUCAUUUCAACUCAUGGUACAAGCAGCUACGUACUAGACAAAUUAAAAGAAAGGAAAUUAUAUAUGGUUACUUUAGUUCUACUGUUCUAGAAAGACUCGAUGUCAAUCAUUCUGAUGAUCUUCUUCAAUGUUCCUUCUACAAAAGAAAAAAAAAGAAUCAAAACUUCGUUCUACA